AUGGUGAAAGACGAGGAGGAAAUGCGAGGGGAGAUCGAGGAGAGACUAAUCAACGAAGAGUACAAGAUCUGGAAGAAGAACACUCCUUUCCUCUAUGAUCUCAUCAUCACUCACGCCCUCGAGUGGCCUUCCCUCACUGUCGAAUGGCUCCCCGACCGUCAGGAGCCUCCCGGCAGAGACUGCUCCGUCCAGAAGAUGAUUCUCGGUACACACACCUCCGAGAACGAGCCCAAUUACCUGAUGAUAGCUCAGGUUCAGCUUCCUCUUGACGACACCGAGAGCGAAGCCCGUCAGUACGAUGACGACCGCUCCGAAUUCGGCGGUUUCGGCUGCGCCACCGGAAAGGUGCAAGUUAUCCAGCAAAUAAACCACGAAGGCGAGGUUAACCGAGCUCGGUACAUGCCCCAGAACCCUUUCAUGAUUGCCACCAAGACGGUGAAUGCGGAGGUCUAUGUGUUCGAUUACAGCAAGCACCCGUCUAAGCCACCACUCGAUGGGGCUUGCAAUCCUGAAUUAAGGCUGAGGGGUCACAGCUCUGAGGGAUAUGGCCUCUCUUGGAGUAAGUUCAAGGAAGGUCAUUUGCUCAGCGGCUCUGAUGACGCUCAGAUCUGCCUUUGGGAUAUUAACGCUCCUAAAAACAAAGUUCUUGACGCUCAGCAGAUCUUUAAGGCUCACGAGGGCGUCGUGGAAGAUGUUGCAUGGCAUCUGAGACAUGAAUACCUGUUUGGAUCCGUUGGAGAUGACCAAUACCUUUUUAUAUGGGAUUUGCGUUCUUCACCCAAACCAGUGCAGUCUGUGGUUGCUCACUCCAUGGAGGUUAACUGCUUAGCCUUCAAUCCAUUUAAUGAGUGGGUUGUGGCAACAGGUUCAACUGAUAAGACUGUUAAACUAUUCGAUCUACGGAAGCUAAGCAGCGCUCUUCACACAUUUGAUAGCCAUAAAGAGGAGGUUUUCCAAGUUGGUUGGAACCCUAAGAACGAGACUAUCUUAGCCUCAUGUUGCCUUGGUAGAAGGCUUAUGGUUUGGGAUCUUAGCAGGAUCGAUGAGGAACAGACAGCUGAGGAUGCAGAGGACGGCCCACCUGAGCUGCUGUUUAUCCAUGGUGGUCACACCAGCAAAAUCUCGGAUUUCUCAUGGAACCCUUGUGAAGAUUGGGUUAUUUCCAGUGUAGCUGAGGACAACAUACUCCAAAUCUGGCAGAUGGCUGAGAAUAUCUAUCAUGACGAGGAUGAUGCUCCAGGAGAAGAACCAUCUAAAGGUUCCUAG